AUGACCUUCGAACGCAAGCACCUCUCACGAUGGGUCCCGGCUGACCACCGGCUGCUCAUGCCAUUGCUCCUGGCAGCCACCGUUGUCAACUCAGCAACUCUAGGAUACGACUCGUCUGUCAUGAACGGUCUUCUGAUCCUCCCAUCCUACUCCGAAUACUUCCACCUGACAACUGCGACUGAAGGUCUUAACAAUGCCGCUAUGUGGAUGGGAGGUAUACUCGGUGCUUUCCUCAUGCAGCCUGUUCCCGACUAUUUUGGUCGUCGACGAGCAAUCUACAUUGCUGCGGUCGUCACUGCUAUCGGCAUCAUCCUCCAGGCAGCUGCUCAGAACAUUGGCAUGUUUGUCGUCGCCCGAAUCAUUGUUGGUAUCGGCUCUGCCAUCAGUAAUGGCGCGGCGCCAACUCUUCUAGGAGAGCUCUUGCCUCCUCGUCGACGUGCCCGGGUUCUAGGCCUCUUCUUCUCGUGCUACUACGUCGGAAGUCUGCUGUCGUCCAUUGUCAACUACGGUAGCCAAAACAUCGACAGCACCUGGUCGUGGCGACUGCCUUCGCUCCUGCAGUUUAUUCCCAGUGUUUUAUCUGUCCUCAUCGUACCGUUUGUACCCGAAUCUCCUCGCUGGCUGAUUGCUCAGGGACGCAGCGACGAGGCCUGGGAAGUGCUUAUCCUGAUGCAAGGCAAGGGUAAAACAGAUCUUCAGAAAGGGGACGAGCAACUGCGUGAGAUCAAGGACACGAUUGCGCGCGAGGCUCAGGGAUACCCUCGCAAUCCGUGGAGGGAAAUCGUCUCCAGCAAGGCCAACCGGAGAAGGCUUGUGAUCCUGUGCACGUUUGGUCCGAUGAUUAACAUGUUUGGCAAUUUUAUCAUCUCAUUCUACCUGACCAAGAUCCUCAGCCAGGCUGGGAUCACUGACACAGUGACUCAGACUCAGGUCCAAGUAAUUAUCAAUUGCUGGUCCUUUGCGAUCGCGAUUUUCGGAAGUUUUAUGCUCGAUAUACUCGGUCGUAGAAAGCAAAUGUUCAUUGGCGCUGGUGGUAUGGUUGCCACUCUACUCAUGAUUGGGGGUCUAAUCAAACGAUACGGCAAUAGCACCCAUACUUCUGGAAUCUACGGGACAAUUGCUGUUAUAUUCCUCUUCCAGGGCUUCUAUGCCUUCUCAGUUUCGCCAAUGACAAGUUUGUAUCCUACGGAAGUGUCGCCUUUCAAGCUUCGUACGACGGGUAUUGCUAUUUUCCGCAUGCUCGAUUCUGGAUUUGGUCUCCUCGCAUCCUUUGCAAUGGCCUACGCGAUGGCUGAUCUCGGGUGGAAGUUCUAUUUCAUCAAUGCUGCAUGGGACUUUGUUUUCCUCAUCAUUGCAUAUUUUACCUUUGUUGAGACCAAGGGACUCGAGCUGGAGGAAAUAAACGCAAAGUUUGAGGGAGCAGAGGUAAUUACCGCGGUUGUCCCUGGCUCGGAGUCCCAGAGUAGUAACAAGGGUGGUGUCGUGGACAAGGCGCGUGAGGUUUAG